AUGUCCUCCUCGAUUCCUCAAAACAACAACACUACAGACUCUUCCGAACCUGGCCAAACCGGUUUUGAUACAAACACUAUUGUAGUUCUAGCAGCCUUGUUAUGUGCACUUGUAGCUGCACUUGUACUGAACUCAGUUAUACAAUAUGCUUUGCGAAAUAGGCGUCAAUCCUUAGAAGCAGCAACUACUACUGAUAAACAUUCCAUAAAGAAGAUUCCUGUGGAAGUUUUUAGGUGUGGAGCAGAGAUACUAGCAACCGAGUGCUCUAUCUGUCUAGGAGACUUUGUAGAUGGAGAUAAGGCAUUUAGUGGCUUUGCCACCCGGAGGCAAUCGAGUAGGUGUUAA